CUACAGACUGUACAUUGGUGGGAGGGAUCCUUGCAUCGACAGGAGGCGGUGUGCACAGUUCCGAGAGCACACUUUCCAACAGCACCAAUCCAUCUUUACAGACACCUGAUGAGCAUCCCAUUGAAACUUCCCAAGCCACACUAUAAUUCUUAUUCACUUUGUGUGUUGGAAGUGCCACAAGAAAAACACUUGACUUGUGACUGGACUUGUGGAGAGAUGUCUUUUUGGUGCAGGUGUUUGCUUUUGCUGUGUUUGUCUGCUGCCCCUAGCCAUGCUUCAGUUCAGACCUGCAUGGAUAAGCACCAGGUGGUUGGGGUGCUGCGACAGAUGGAUAAGUUUCUGAAAGUCCAGGAGCUUCGGUUUACAGAAGGCCUCCGGAUCAUGAAGUCAAAACUGGCGACAUUACAGAACUCUGUCUCCAAGCUGCCUCAAGCUGACCAGUCAGCUGCCCCCACCACCUGCCCCCCACUGGAAGAACCGAAUCACGGAAUCAAGUUUGGCUCCAAGCAUCUGGUCGGACAUGAGGUGCAUUUCACUUGCUCACAGGGCUACCACCUCGUGGGCUCAGCCACACGUGUCUGCCAGGACAACGGCACGUGGAAUGGAGAGGGGGCCUUCUGUAAAGACAUUAGCGAGUGUGCAAGUAACCCCUGCCAAAAUGGAGGAACAUGCGUGGAAGGUGUCAAUCAGUACAAAUGCACCUGCUCCCAGAACUGGAGUGGCUCCCAUUGCCAGCACCAAACUCAGACAGCUCCUCCUGAGUGGAGUGUCAUGAACGAUCCAGCGUUUAGCCGAAAACCUCGCUGUGCCCAAGUGAACCGAGCCCAACACUGCAGUUGUGAUGCAGGCUUCCAUAUGAGUGGCACUUCUGACAAUAGUAUCUGCCAAGAUGUCAAUGAGUGUGAAGUCUACCGUCUGGACCAGGGAGGGACGUUAUGCGUUCAUGAAUGUGUCAACGUCCCCGGCUCAUACCACUGCUCCUGCCCCAGUGGCUACAAGUUGCUCCCAGAUGGGCGGAGCUGUGAGGAUGUGGACGAGUGUUUAAACCAACAGCACAACUGUAGCCGAGGAACAACAUGUAUCAACACGGGGGGAGGCUUUCAGUGUGUCAACCCAGACUGUCCGCGCUCCCAUGGCAACAUCACCUACGUCAAAACAUCUCCCUUUCAGUGCGAGAGGAACCCCUGCCCCAUGGACAGCCGCUCCUGCAACCUUGCCCCUAAGACCGUCUCCUUCCACUACCUCUCCCUCCCUUCCAACCUGCAGACACCUGCAACCCUUUUCCGAAUGGCCACUGCGGGGGGCCCUGGGCGGGCGGGACCUGACAGCCUGCGCUUUGGCAUCGUAGGAGGAAACACCCGAGGCAUCUUUGUCAUGCAGCGCUCGGACAGACAAACCGGCGAGCUGAUACUGGUCCAGCAGCUACACGGGCCGCAGGAGAUCAGCGUGGACGUGGACAUGUCAGAAUACACCGACCGCACCUUUCAAGCAAAGCAUGUGGCCAGAGUCCACAUUUUGGUGUCACCUUAUAACUUCUGAGGAAGGUGAGGAACUGACUGUGCUGAUCACCUCCAUCACCUCACAGGCCAAGCCUUGCUUCAUUUUAAAGUUUUCAAAACAAUACUAUUAUACAAUUAGCAUUAACAGCAAAAACAGCAGCGCUAUUUGGAAGAGCAUCAAAUACCACACCACAUACCGUCAUGGAAAAAUUGGAUUUGAGUUUAUUUGUUGUUCUUUAAUGCCUGGCACAGCUAAAGGUACUGGUGCUCAUAAGAGUUUAAUUGCAGAGCUUAUAUCUAGCCAUUUCUGUUGUUUUCAAGAUAAUAACAAAAAACAAAAGUUCUUACAUUAACAGCUAUGGCAUUGACAGUUGAUGUUGUGUUCAUUGUAUUCCUCAUGUAGCAUACCUGUAGUCGUACCAGACAUAAUAAUAUUUUUCCAUGACUGUAUUGGAUAUGCCUGUUAUUUAUCAUUAAGAUGCAUGCUUUAUUGCUCUAAAAAAAUAAGAAUUAGGAAUUUGAAUGCAGUUGUUAGAUAGAUAAAAAGUUGAUGACGAAAAGUUAUGAGAAUUGUCUGGAAACCUUCCAUAGGAAGUUACAGUACAGUAGUACAGUACACUCGUCUUAUGUCCGCAACCAUUUCAAUACAGUAUAUCCUCCCAAAAGAAAAUACUUUAGAAAUGUAACAAUGUACUUUAGUAGCUUGUAUAGCAAUAUAGAUUUACUUUCCACUGACAAUGACACAACACACAGCAAUUAAUUAUCAAAUUCGCCAACAACUCAAGCGAGUGUCAAGGUGAUUGUGUCAUGCAUACAUUUAAAUGUAAUGGCCAGGGGACGCACGAGUGCUACUGGUACUGGGAUGCUCCGGUUCACCCUCUCCCUUGGGAAACUGGGCCACAUGACACUUCCAACAUAACAAGCCCUUCAAAGUGCUUGCUGAGGAAGCCAAAGGUGAUGGAGUGGCCAAGUAUGCCUCCAGUCUAACAUCCGCCAGCGAUGUCACCUGAGAUGUCAUCACGGAAAAGUUGAUGAAAAAUUCAGUAACAACCUUUGCAGCUCUGGUGGAUUCCUUGCCCAAGAAAUUAAAGCAUUGCUAAAUAAAUAUGGUGCUGACACUAAAUAAUGACACUUUGGACACAAUUUUGUCAUGUUCAUUGUGUAAGCUGUAUAUUAUAUUAUACUCCCACGACUACUACUACUUCUACUUUCAAGUUUCAUUUCUACAGUACAACAGAUAACGGUUUUUACAAGGGUUACACCCCAGACCACUUGCAAACACCAAAAACUGAGUAAUGCAAGUAAUUGAUAUGCCCAUUAAAAAAAUGCCUGUUUUGAUGCGCUCGCCCCUCCCUCGCUCAUUGUACAACCAAAAAUAACAGCAAGUAAGAAUGGUUUCAGAAAAAAUGCAUACACACUCAUAUAGUGCACAUGCAAAACAAUAAUUAGACUAAUUUUAACUUUCCAACCUGCUGUGCUGUGGGUUUCCAGCAUGUCUUGCACAAGAAAAACCAUUGUUUUGCAAAUCCAUGUGUUUCGCAUAGUCUGUGAGGAACAGUUACAUAGUGUAUUCCACAUGUUACAUGUUUGUGUUAUUUUUGGUUGAGUGAGGAAAGCAUCUGGGUUGUUGCUCCUGUUGGUUUAUGGUGUGUGAGUAAGACUGUACAUUUCAAACUGA